AACUUCGAUCGAAUGAAUUCGGCCAUUUUCGGCAUGCGUAGUACGAGCCAUCGAUAUCGUUGUCGGUCGGUAGCGGAAUGCGAUUCAUCGAUAUUGUUAUCGUUUCACUUUAUCACAUGAUCACUACUCCUGUGACCGAUCAUUGUGAGUGAGUAGAUCGCUGAGGGUGUAGCGAACGCGGCAACCGGGGCACCUGUUUGAGCUUGACAAUUGCUACGAAUCGCAACUAAUUCCUGAGGAAUUUUACGAGCAGUGAAUGCAUCGUAGUUAGGUUAAAUUUGAGUUAUCUCAUUCAGACGAACUUGUUCGGUGAGGAUGAAGAUCUGCGGACCUAAGUAUGCUUUGUGCGGCCUGGUGUUGUCUGUUUGGGGCAUAUUUCAGUUGCUGCUCAUGGGAGUAUUCUUCUAUAUUCGGAGUGUAGCUCUAGUGGAGGACCUGCCUCUAGGAAAUAAAAAUUUCACUUCUCUGGAGCAUUUCUACAAAGUGGCGGAUCGUGGCUAUAUGCAAAAUGCAUACAACUGCUGGAUCGCCGCGUGUAUCUAUGUCCUCACUUUCCUCUUUUCGGGUCAUCAAUUCUAUCUCAAUUCCAGAUCGUCUCUUAGUGUAUAAACAAUUAAAGACACAUUAAAGUAUCCGUUGCUGCAUGUCUAAUAAAAAACAUCAGAGCUGUAAUUACAGCUUUGCUACAUUAAUAGAAAUGAAUAAUCUAAUAAUGAGCAAUAGUUGCAGUUGAACUAUAUAUUUGAGCGUGACUUGCCUGUAUGACAAUGUCUAGGUUUUAAAUGUUUCUUAAGUCUUAUCUACAAUAUGCUCUUUGCUUUCCGUUUCUUUCUCUUUAUCUCUUUUUUAUUUAAACCUUGUGUUUCAAACCAGAAAAAGAUAAGGAAUAUAGGAAACAGGAAAUAAGAGCAAAUUGUAGAUUAGGUUUAAAAGCGCAAUAGAAAACAUAUUUUGCCAUGUGCGCAUGUGAUUACAAGAUGUAAGCAUAUUUCCAUGUAUUAAUAUAUCUUCUCAUAGACAUAAUAGAAUGGAUACAAAUUA